AUGAAAGAUUUAGACAAAAACGAUCAGCACUAUUUCGACUCGUAUGAUCACUUUAGCAUCCAUGAAGAGAUGUUAAAAGACCGUGUUCGCACUCUAGCGUAUCGUGAUGCUAUCAUGCGCAACCGUGAUCUAUUCAAAGACAAGGUUGUUCUUGAUGUUGGCUGCGGGUCAGGCAUUUUGUCGAUGUUUGCAGCUCGCGCGGGCGCCAAAAAGGUUAUUGGUGUCGACAGAAGUCAAAUCAUUCACAUGGCUCGUAAGAUUGUCGAAGUCAAUGGCCUAUCUGACACUAUUACUUUGAUUCAGGGCCAAAUGGAGGAGGUCAAGCUGCCGGUUCCUAAGGUUGAUAUUAUCAUUUCCGAGUGGAUGGGCUACUUUUUGCUUUUCGAAUCCAUGUUGGAUACUGUCCUAUAUGCCCGUGACCACUAUCUUGUUGAAGGUGGCUUGAUUCUGCCAGACCGCACUACUUUACUCAUGGCUGCCAUCGAAGAUGCCGAGUACAAGGAUGAGAAAGUUGGCUACUGGGAUGACGUUUACGGCUUUGACUAUACUCCAUUCAAGGACAUUGUGACUGAGGAGCCCAUUGUUGACAUUGUUGAGUCUAAAGCCGUUAUUUCAAACUCGGUUGAGAUCGGCUCUAUUGAUCUGUAUACUGUCAAGAAAGAGGACCUGGCUUACCGACACCGCUUCGACCUGACUUUUGAUCGUAGCGAUACCUGCCAUGCCCUAGUUUCUUGGUUCGAUAUCGAUUUCGCCCAGAGACUUCCCAACCCCGUGUCCUUCUCCACGGGUCCUUUCGACAAACCCACCCACUGGAAACAGACUGUCGUAUAUACACCCACUGAAUUGCAGGUGAAUGCAGGUGACCGUUUAGUAGGUGAGAUUCAUAUUGCGCCGAACUCGAGAAACCCGCGCAAUAUCGAUAUUGGCUUGGCAUAUACUUUUACUCCUCAGAACCGUGGCCCUGAUGCUAUGGAGCUUACAAACUACGUGAUGCGCUAA